AUGUCUGGAUCUGCCAGUUCUGCUGCCUCUCAGGCAAGCAGUGGAAGUUGGUCGGCUUUCUUAAAGUCUAUUGCUUCCUUCAGUGGGGAUCUAUCUUCGCUUACCGCUCCGCCGUUUAUCCUAUCCUCACAGUCCCUGACCGAGUUCUCAUCGUAUUGGGCAACACAUCCGCCAGUCUUCUCCGCCCCUGCGGCGGAAUCCGACUCAGCUAAGCGAGCCAUGUUGGUUUUGAGAUGGUUCCUCUCUACCCUCAAAUACCAAUACGCCAGCCGGAGCGAAAAAUUCGGGAAUGAAAAGAAACCUCUGAAUCCCUUUCUCGGAGAACUUUUCUUGGGUACCUGGACGGACGAAGCUGGAGAAACUACGCUGAUUUCCGAACAAGUGAGCCACCAUCCUCCGACGACUGCCUACUGCAUCCGCAACAACAAGUCUGGAGUUCAACUGGAGGGGUACAAUGCGCAAAAAGCUACAUUUAAAAGCACCAUAAUCGUCAAGCAGAUCGGCCACGCCGUGCUUACAAUUCCCGUCGGGUCUGGAGAUGAGCCGCGAGCGGAGCACUAUCUCAUCACCCUGCCCUCCCUCCAUAUCGAGGGCUUAAUUUUCGGAUGCCCUUUUGUCGAGCUAGAUGGGUCGAGCUACAUAACCAGCUCUAGUGGCUAUACUGCCAAAAUAGAUUACAGUGGUAAAGGCUGGCUGUCUGGCAAGAAGAAUAGCGUUCUUGCUACGCUUUAUCCCACUGGUAAAGAGAAGGAUGUGCUGUACAAUGUAACAGGCCAGUGGACGAAGCAGUUGGAAAUUUAUCAAGGUGCUGCCAAGAACAACUCACCGUCAACAUUGAUCGCUACUUACGACGUUGCGGCAACACCCCAGACUGAGCUCCGUCUUCUUGCGCUAGAUAAGCAACAUCCCCUCGAAUCUCGCAGAGCUUGGGCCAAGGUUGCUGGAGCUAUCCAGGUAGGCGAUAUGGAUACUGUUUCAAUCGAAAAGGGGAAAAUAGAGAGAGCUCAACGCAACUUGCGCAACAAGGAACGAUCAGAAAACCGCUCCUGGGAGCGGCGUUACUUCUCCGCUGAAACGGGCGAAGACGAAGUUCUCAAAGCUCUGGGUCAUGUUGUGGGAUUGCCGCUUGAUGGUGAUCAGGAUAAGACAGGUGGUUUGUGGAGGUUCGAUCCAGCCAAGGCGGCUAUGGCGGCAUCGCAAAUCCUGAAUGACGAAGAGGUUCAUACAAUAGAGAGAGACGUCUUGGGACAGUAG